AUGGAGAUUGAAAAUAUCGUUGCUAAUACGGUCUAUAUCAAAGCAAGAGAAAGUGGUGGCCAAAAAAAGGGAAAAAGCAAAAAGUGGAAAAAUUAUCUACAGUUCCCACACUAUACAGAAUGUUUACCUCUAAAGACUGAAAUUGAAUUGAGUUAUGCAUUCAUCGUUGAGAAGCAACCUAUCGGCAAGUUGCUAUUUCACGAAUUCUGCCAGGCGACCAACUCGCAGUACCAUCAAUGCUGUCAAUUUCAGACCAAGGUAGAAGAAUAUGAAACUUCCGAUGAUGAUGGUCAAUCGAGGAGGGACCUUGCGUCGGCUAUCGUAUCUUUGCUGCAUUCAAAACCUGAGGAUAAUCCAUCUUGUUCACAAGACGAGCAGGAGAUUUGGUGCUCGUUUUUGAGUGAAGAGGUAAUAUCAACGUGUAUAUCUACGGCAGACUCCGCGACACAUGACGACGAGCCGAGGAGUGAUAUAUUUACGGAGCCAUAUAGACUCACUUGCGACUAUCUGGCGGAAGAGCCUUUUAAAGAAUUUGUCGAAUCAGUAUACUUUUAUCGGUUUCUGCAAUGGAAAUGGUUGGAAAAAAGGCCGGUGGAUAAACACACGUUUCGGUUAUAUCGAGUAUUAGGCAAAGGUGGAUUUGGAGAAGUAUGCGCGUGUCAGGUCCGAGCGUCGGGGAAGAUGUAUGCAUUGAAGAAGUUGGAAAAGAAGCGAGUUAAGAAGAGACAUGCUGAAACAUUAAGCCUAAACGAAAAACAAAUUUUGCAACGGAUUAACUCUCCAUUCGUCGUGAGUCUUGCAUACGCCUAUGAGACGAAAGAUGCAUUAUGUCUUGUGUUAACACUGAUGAAUGGCGGAGAUUUGAAAUUUCACUUGUACAAUUUGAUGCCUGGCGGGUUCGAUGAAAAGAGAGUGCAAUUCUAUGCAGCGGAGAUCACUCUUGGCUUACAACAUCUUCAUAGUGAACGGAUUUUGUAUCGGGAUCUCAAACCUGAGAAUAUUUUACUCGAUGAUUUUGGACAUGUUCGAAUUUCCGAUUUGGGUCUAGCAGUAGAAAUUAAAGAUAAUGAACCUAUAAAAGGACGAGUAGGAACAGUAGGCUAUAUGGCUCCAGAAAUAGUGAAAAAUGAACGGUAUACAUAUGGUGUGGACUGGUGGGGUGUUGGAUGUCUGAUAUACGAAAUGAUCGAGGGUAAAGCUCCAUUCCGGCAACGAAAAGAAAAAGUUAAACGAGAGGAAGUGGAACGACGAGUUCGAGAAGAUCAAGAAAAAUAUUCGGAGAAGUUCAGUGAAGCCGCUCGAACUCUUUGUCGAGGGUUGCUUCACAAAGAACCGGGUUUCCGUCUUGGUUGUCGACGAGUUGGACGACCGGAAGAUGGCGCAGAAGAGAUUCGAGCGCAUCCAUUUUUCAACACAGCGGAUACGGUGACUGGUCGUGAACCAGUGCCGUGGAAGAAGAUGGAAGCCGGAAAGGUAACACCUCCAUUCUGCCCUGACCCGCGAGCUGUCUACGCCAAAGAUGUUCUGGACAUCGAACAGUUCAGCACCGUGAAAGGAGUCCGUCUCGAUGCCACCGAUACUCAAUUCUAUGGAAAAUUUAAUACUGGAUGCGUUAGUAUUCCUUGGCAAAGCGAGAUGAUUGAAACUGAGUGCUUUGCUGAGCUCAACACAUUUUACGAUGAUGAUGGAAUUCUUGUAUGGAACCUGCGCGCCGACGGAAUCAACUUGGAGGAACGAAAGAAUGGUACCAGUAAACCUGGCUUCUUUUCCCGCCUUUUUCGAAAAAAGAACAUCGAAGUUACAAAAUCUCUCCAUGACCUUUCCCACCUUGGUGUGGACCCACAACAACCAAAAACUUCAGCUAAAGCACCAGCAGUUCGAUCAAGUCGUGCUGCUUCCGCCAGCGGAAGAACAUCGAUGAUUUGA